ACCACAUCAUUUGACACAAUUUGACAGUCGCUCUGUUUUAUACUUUUAUGGUUAUGUUUUGUUGAAUAGAAAUAAAAAAGUACAUUGUUUUUUAAAAAUAUUUUGUUAUAAAUAAAAAAACAGUUACAUUGUAUUAUUCAAUUGUUAAUUAUAAAGUCAGUAUUUAAUAAUAAUAUUACUUUUUUCUGGUUUAUAGAUAUUUAUUUUUUCAUUUUAAAUUGAAUCAUGGAUGUAAAUGAUAAAAAAUCUAACAAAAGAUUGAAAAGUGCAUCACCAGACAAUUCAAAUCAUGAAAAUGAUUUACCAAAAAGAAAAAAUUCAUCACCAACAAUUAGAGAAUCAUCGCCUGAGUAUAGAAGAAGAUCAUCACCAUCUAGAAAACGACGUUAUUCACCAGACUACAACAAAAGAGAAUUUACUGGUCGAAGAUACUGGGACAAUAACAGACGUAAAAGUCGUCGUUAUUCAGACGAUGAUACUGAUAAUCAUGUGAUUGGUGAACGUUUUUAUGGUGGUGAAAGUAAACACUCAUCUCGUGAUGAUAGAAGAAGAAGACGUGAUGAUGAACAUGACAGAGAAUCAGAAAAAAAAGAUCCAUCAGUAAUUCCACCUUCUCAAAAACGAACUGUUGAUUUACUGACAUCAAAAACAGGUGGUGCAUAUAUUCCACCAGCUAAACUACGACUUAUGCAAUCACAGAUAGAUGACAAAAGUGGUGCAGCUUUCCAGAGAAUAUCUUGGGAAGCAUUAAAAAAAUCUAUCCAUGGACAUAUUAACAAGGUGAAUACAAGUAACAUUGGGUUAAUUGUUCGAGAACUUUUUCGAGAAAAUAUCAUUCGUGGACGUGGCUUGUUGACUCGUUCAAUAAUUCAAGCACAAGCAGCUUCACCAACAUUCACUCCGAUAUAUGCAGCUCUAGUUUCUGUUAUAAAUUCAAAAUUUCCUGAUAUUGGAAAAUUAUUAUUGUCAAGACUAGUCAAACAAUUUCAACGAGCAUUUAAACUCAACAAUAAACCUCUUUGUAUUUCAUCGUCAACAUUUAUAGCACAUUUAGUUAAUCAAAAAGUUGCUCAUGAAGUAAUUGCACUUCAAUUAUUGAUAUUACUUGUUGAUACACCAACAGAUGAUUCAGUUGAAGUUGCAAUUUCAUUUUUAAAAGAAUGUGGUAUGAGAUUAACUGAAGUUUCAAAACAAGGUGUUCUUGGUAUUUUUGAAAUGUUAAGAAAUAUUCUUCAUGAAGGUAAUCUUGAUAAAAGAGUCCAGUACAUGAUUGAAGUUAUCUUUGAAGUAAGAAAAGAUGGAUUUAAAGAUCACGAAGCUGUUCCUGAAGGAUUGGAUCUUAUUGAGGAAGAAGAUCAAAUAACUCAUUUAGUAGAGUUAAAUGAUAAAGUAGAGUCACAAGAUAUUUUAAAUGUAUUUAAAUUUGAUCCUGAUUAUAUUAAAAAUGAAGAUGAAUACAAAGAAUUGUCAAAAGAACUUUUAGGCUCGGAUGAUGAGUCAGGAAGUGAUGGAGAUGAUGAUGAUGACAAUGACGAAGAUUCAGAUGCUGAAAAUUCUGAUGAAGAAAAUAAAAAUAAAGAUGGUGUUAUUAUUGACAGUACUGAGACAAAUUUACAGGCAUUAAGAAGAACAAUUUAUUUAACAAUUCACUCAUCUGUAUCACCUGAUGAAUGUACUCAUAAACUUUUAAAAAUGCAAAUGAAACCAGGUCAAGAAAUUGAACUUUGUCAUAUGAUUCUUGAUUGUUGUGCUGAAAUGAGAACUUAUGAAAAAUUUUUUGGUCUUCUUGCUGGACGUUUUUGUGCUAUCAAUAAAAUUUAUAUAAGUCCAUUUGAACAAAUAUUUAAAAGUUCAUACGAAACAAUUCAUCGACUUGAUAUGAAUAAAUUACGCAAUGUAUCAAAAUUUUUUGCUCAUUUAUUAUAUACAGAUUCAAUUAGUUGGGGUGUUUUAAAUUGUAUUAAAUUAAAUGAAGAAGAUACAACCAGUUCAAGUAGAAUAUUCAUCAAAAUUUUAUUUCAAGAAUUAUCUGAAAUAAUGGAACUUCCAAAGCUCAAUGCAAGAGUUAAAGAUGUCACUUUACAAGAUGCAUUUGAUGGAUUAUUUCCUCGUGAUGAUCCUAAAAAUACAAGAUUUGCUAUCAACUUUUUCACAUCAAUUGGUCUAGGAGGAUUGACUGAUGAUCUUCGAGAGCAUCUUAAGACAAGACCAAAAACUGUUAUCCAGCCUGUUGAUACCAAAAUCAAAGUAUCAUCUAGCUCUAGCUCAUCAUCUAGUUCUAGCUCAUCAUCUAGCUCUUCAUCAUCAUCUUCUGAUAGUUCAGAUUCAGAUUCAUCAUCAUCAUCAUCAUCAUCGUCGUCGUCGUCGUCGUCUUCCUCUGAUGAUAAUCGCAAGAAAAAAAAGACAAAAAGGAAGUCAACAAAAAGAUUAUCCCAUAAAAAAAAAAAAGUUGAAAGCUCAGGUGGACAUCAUCGUACUUCAUCAUUAUCAAGAAAAAGAAAUAAUAAAAAAGAAAAGAAAGAAAGAAAAAAAUAAAAGUAAAUAAAAACAAACAACAUGGUGAUUAAUUUUACCAAGACGACCAGAGGUUUUAGCUUGUUAAUAUACAUUUGCAAAAUCAUAAAAUGUAAAUUUUUAAAUAAAUUUUUUCAAUUUACCUUAACAAUA